AUGGCUAUCCUUUCGACGCCAUUGCAAUACAUCAAAUCUGUACCACCAGUGACGCGCCCUACACCGGUUGCCUACUUGACAUUGGUACCUGGAACAAGCCUGUUCUUUCCUUGGACAUUUGCAACCUCAGCCCUGGUCGAAAUAAGCGUCAUUGAGCUCAUUAUCUCACUUCUUGUCAUCCCCGCUUCAUUAGCUUAUUUUGAGCGCCUGUGGGGAACUGUCGAAACUCUCAAGUUUAUUAUCGUAUGCGUGACUGGACCGAAUAUCAUCGGGUGUGCCUUCAACUGGAUUGAAUUCGCUGUGACGCGUAAUGCCGAAUUGUUCUUGUAUGGCAUGGAGUAUCACGGUCAAAUGGCACUAUUUAUUAGCCUGCUUGUUUCAUUUACUCAAGUGAUCCCCGAGCACCAAGUCCAAAUUUUGGGUUUUAUCAAGGCCCGCGUCAAGAGGCUUCCUAUGGCGUACUUGACUUUUUCGACCAUAAUGACAUUGCUUGGCUUCCAAAGCCCAUAUAUUCUCAUUCAGUUUGGCUGGUUUGUGUCAUGGAUAUACCUCCGCUUCUAUAAGCGCAGUGUUAGCGACUCCCUGGGAGGGGUAGUGUCAUACGGAGACCGGAGCGAAACGUUUGCUUUGACAAGCUGGUUCCCACCGUUCCUCCACACACCGCUAUCAAUGCUAGGAAACACAGUAUACAAACUUGCAACACGUUUCCACCUUCUUCCUACUUCUUCUGGAGGGUACGGUCAGGUGCCAGGUGGAGCUCGAGCCGAAGCUGAAAGGCGACGGGCACUUGCACUGAAGGCACUUGACCAGCGACUGGCCAACUCCUCCAGUGGUUCACCAACUCAGAGCGGAAUAUCUCAAGCUCAGCCUUCAAGACCCUCACCUGCCGCGCCUGCACCAGCACAGAAUGAAAGGAAAUCUAGCCCUGUGGAGAUGGACGUAGCAGACACGUCAGGCUCUGAUGAUGGGAGAAGAUAGUGUACGGCCUAAUGAUCAUCUUCAGUAGCUUAUAUCCAUGGAGCGUCUUCAUUUUCAUUUGUCUAGCUACAUAGCAAUAGCCUCCUGGUUACGUAAUAUCCCAAGUCUGUUGACGUGUCGGACUGUUUUCCGAGUCC